UUCGUCCAUUCGCCCCUCUCUGGUCCACAUUUAUGUUGGCUAUUCUGCCACACACGUAAACAUGUGAACAUAACCUCUCGCAAUUUUUGUAUUAUUUUGUGCCAAAAUGACUCAGUUUUGGGGCCCCAGAAGUGCAAGAUUAUGACAUAAUGGCUUUUGCCCCCUCUCACGUCAAACGCGCUCAUCUUAUAUUGAUUGUUAUCGUAUUGGCCAUAUUGUUGCUAUUUUCGCUAAAUGGCAAUAAACCAGGGCCUGGUGAACUCGAAUUAGGGUUGGAAGCCGAGACUGAGACGCUAUGGAGGCCCCCGUCACAAUCAAAACCUUUAAGACACGAAAAACUGUUCAACCUAACCUUCAAAUACAUCUUAACCCCAGCCCCCUGUCUCAAAUCUGAAACCCUCGCUGUGGUAAUAGUAACAUCACACCGCAACAACGUAGAGACACGUAGUGCAAUGCGACGCACCGUUUCCAGUGGAGAAUUGGCGAAAUUGGGGCUAAAACGAGCAUUUCUUGUCGGGGAAUCCUCAGAUAAUAUCUACAUGAAUCAAGCAGCUUUGGUGGACGAAAGUCACCGGUUUGGGGACAUCAUUCAGGGCAAUUUUAUCGAAGACUACCGAAAUCUCACAUACAAACAUUUAAUGGGCCUGAGAUGGGUAAGCGAAAACUGCCCAACCACCCAAUACGUCAUAAAAAUGGACGACGAUAUUGUUAUUAACAUUGGUAGCACUGUCCAACUUUUACGAAAUUUAACCCUUCCGGGGGAUUCCAUCGCAGGGUAUGUUUUGCGAGAUCUGAGCCCCAAACGCGAGCCCGCAAACAAAUGGUACGUCACACCGGAAGAAUAUCGCUUCGGUAAAUACCCGUCGUUUGUUUCCGGCUGGUUCUACAUCACUAGGGUCAGUGUAGCCGCGAGAUUGGUGCUCCUGUCGCACUAUUUCAAGUACUUUUGGAUUGAUGAUGUUUACGUGACCGGGAUUUUGGCGAAGAAUUUGAGAUUAAGAUUAAUUGAUUUGAAGCGCUAUUUCACGGUUUUCCCCGAGUUUUUGCAGUGUUGCAUUUCCGACGUGAAGAGAAAUCUAGAGUGCGACAUUUUGGUGGGGCCCAAUGGGGGCGAUUCGAAUCUCUUUUUUGAGUUCAAUGAAGCCAUGAAAGUGUGCGGAAGGUGUGGGAAGAGAGAUAAGCCGAUAAAUGAGACGUGCGUGGCCGAACGAAAAACUAAUCUUGGGAGGGGAAGUGGCGUCAUUGAGAAUUACAAUUUGCACUAAUAAAAUGUACUGUAAUUUGUUAACUCCGACCAGACUAAUUUGUGAUAUUUUUUAAUAAAUUAAUUAUUUUUGUU